GUUAGUCAUCACUAUACUCACAGGCUUAGGGCCAGUGCCAUUCACACUUCCCCCUGUUCUGCAGCAGACAGGCGGAGUUCUUUUAAUCCUUCUGUCUUUUCUUCCCCAUCUCUCUAAAACUCUUCUUUAAGGGAGGAACAGCUAUAGCUUUGGGGAUAAUAUAGCUUUAAGGCAACUUUUGGCAAAUGUUAACGUCCUAACAUCUGGGCAGUGUUAACAGAAUCCCGGAGGCCCAGACAGACCAGGAGCCACUCGUUCUAGGAAUGUUAAAGUAGAAGUUUGUUGUUUUUUUUUCCCCCGGCUGAUGAGAGGAGCAGAAAGGAAAGAGAAAGAGGAGGAGAGAGAAAGAACACAAAAAAACUAUAACACAGAUCCCAUACAUCUGCUUCUUCUCACUUUUGGAAGCUCAUAGGUGGCUGGCUUCUGAAAGCAUUUUCCUUUAUCUGGGUACUUUGGGCUACAUACCCUUAUUUUUUUAUUUCCCUAAUCCUCCCUUUCAAGGAUGGUUGGUCAACUAAUUCAAAGAGGAGCUAUCUCUCUGCUGCUCUUCCUAACUCCAGCAGUGACACCAACAUGGUAUGCAGGCUCAGGCUACUAUCCAGAUGAAAGCUACAAUGAAGUCUAUGCAGAAGAGGUCCCACGGGCUCCUGCCCUAGAUUACAGAGCUUGGAGUCAGGUGCACCCUCAGUCUGCUGGGCUGCUGCUUUCCUCACAGCUUGCCUCAGCCCUGAGCAAACUAGUCACUCUGCCUGGGUUAUCUGAAGUCCCCCGAUGGUGUUACACAUUAAAUAUUCAAGAUGGAGAAGCCACAUGCUACUCACCAAGGGGAGGAAAUUAUCACAGUAGCCUAGGAACUCGUUGCGAGCUCUCCUGUGACCGUGGCUUUCGACUGAUUGGACGGAGAUCAGUGCAAUGCCUGCCAAACCGCCGUUGGUCUGGAACUGCCUACUGCAGGCAGAUGAGAUGUCAUGCACUGCCAUUCAUCGCUAGUGGCACCUACAGCUGCACAAAUGGAGUGCUUCUUGACUCCCGCUGUGACUAUAGUUGUUCUAGUGGCUACCACCUAGAAGGUGACCGCAGCCGAAUCUGCAUGGAAGAUGGGCGAUGGAGUGGAGGCGAGCCUGUAUGUGUAGACAUAGAUCCUCCCAAGAUCCAUUGUCCCCACUCACGUGAGAAGAUAGCAGAGCCAGAGAAACUGACUGCUAGAGUCUACUGGGACCCACCCGUGGUGAAAGAUUCUGCUGAUGGUACCAUCACCAGGGUAACACUUCGGGGCCCAGAGCCUGGUUCUCACUUUCCUGAAGGAGAGUAUGUGAUUCGUUACACCGCCUAUGACCGAGCUUAUAACCGGGCCAGCUGCAAGUUCAUUGUGAAAGUACAAGUGAGACGCUGCCCAGUUCUGAAACCACCGCAGCAUGGCUACCUCUCCUGCACCUCAGCAGGCGACAACUAUGGUGCCACCUGUGAAUACCACUGUGAUGGUGGUUAUGAGCGCCAGGGAACCCCCUCCCGGGUCUGCCAGUCCAGUCGUCAGUGGUCAGGAUCACAACCUAUCUGUACUCCCAUGAAGAUUAAUGUCAAUGUCAACUCAGCUGCUGGCCUCUUGGAUCAGUUCUAUGAAAAACAGCGACUCUUGAUCAUCUCAGCUCCUGAUCCCUCCAACCGAUAUUAUAAAAUGCAAAUCUCUAUGCUACAGCAAUCCACCUGUGGACUGGAUCUGCGGCAUGUGACUAUCAUUGAGCUGGUGGGGCAGCCGCCUCAGGAGGUGGGGCGCAUCCGGGAGCAACAGCUGUCAGCCAGCAUCAUCGAGGAGCUCAGGCAAUUUCAGCGCCUUACUCGCUCCUACUUCAAUAUGGUGUUGAUUGACAAGCAGGGUAUUGAUCGGGAACGCUACAUGGAACCUGUAACCCCUGAGGAAAUCUUCACAUUCAUUGAUGACUACUUGCUCAGCAACCAGGAACUGAUCCAGCGCCGGGAGCAAAGGGAUGUCUGCGAGUGAACUUGAGCCAGGGCAAGGUUGAUGUCAAGGGAAAAUUCCCCUAGUUAGCUGAAACUGAGGCCUAAUAAAAGAAAGAAAUUGUUUCCCACAGUUCUAGGGACAGGACUCUGAGGUGAGUGAGGUUUGCCAAUCCAGAGAUAUUUCUAGACAUCAUUUUAGGACUGUGCCAUAGUUUCCCUAAGCAAGUCUAUGAUUCAAUUAGCACUGGAGGAGACUCCGAAGCUAAGCAGGGACUGAGUACAGGCUUUGAGCAGUGCAUUGGGGAUAGGAAGUCUUCAUUUCCUAAUCCGGGCCUCUGCCCUGCUCUCCAAAGUCUCUCAGAUAAGUAAAUUCUAAAUUGAUUCACUUACCAGUUGUGUUUUAAAUGCUUCCUAUACCCUGAGGUGACAGCAGAGGGCAGCACCAUUGCAAAAGACAACCAGUACACUUCAAGAAGUGUAGCUGCAUUUUCCUUACAAUGUAACUAUCUCUGUGGCUGCGAUGGGAUGGCAUGGAUCUACAAAACAUUCUUGAACCUAUUUGUCAUUUCCCCUUGUAGGGCACUGGGCUAAAAAUAUUGUUUGAACUAUUGCUUCAUCAAGAGUUACAAAAACAUUGCCAUGGGAGGGAGUUUGGAAAGAAAUAGCUAGUCACAGCAUAAUGCUUUCUCCUGGCCCUUCCAGCCGGCUCACAGGCAAGAACCUCUACCUACUGAGGCCUCCAUUCCCCAUAACAAAAGGUAGACAGUAUUGUUCCUUCAUUAGGGGAACCUCCUUCCCAUUCCAUGAUCUAGGGUACUUCAAAACUACCACUGAAGAAAGUAGGGAAAGAAAGCAGACUCCGCCUCUGGUAUUAACUUCCUCGGAUAGCCACAGAGCAGGUGGGAGCUACAGUGGCACAAAGUCAAAUCUUAAGGAGCAGGCCUGAAAGUAAAUUGAGGAUGGGUUAUUGGGCUUUUAGAAAAUGGAGCCACAGAGUCCUAGUUUUUGUUUGUUUUGUAUGUAUAUGUGUGAGCUAGGGAAUGAACCCAUGGCCCUGCACAGACUAUGCAUGCACUCUACCAUGGAAUUACCUCCCCAGCCCCACAUUCUUCUUCAGUCCUACCCAGUGGGAUGUCAAUGUUUGAAAGAAAAGUGUUCUUCCCCUUGCUGUUGAGAACCUUCUUUUAUAAGUUCAUGGAACCCAGAGUCAUAAUUAAGACUAAGCAGUCUUUUUCCUUUGAUUUUAACCAGGGGUCAUCAAUGGAAAGCUAGAGGGGAGAGGAAGUAGGCUGGCUGGGAGGCUCAAGCGUUCACUAUGUGCCAGUGCCAUUCUAAAUACCCUACUGAUUCACUCUGAGGUCUUCACAAGAAACCUAUAAGGUAGGAACUGUUAUUACCUCCCUUAUACAGAUAAGAGAAUUGAAGCUCAGUGAGAAUAGGCAAUCUACCUAAGAUAACUAAUAAGUGCCACUUACUUAUUAGUAACAGAGUAAGCAUUAAAACAGUAGCAGUCUGUCUCCAGAGUCAAUGUUCUUAGUUUGCCAUCUGGCUUCUACUUCUUUUUCUACUCCCCAUUUAAAGUCAGCUGAACACUCUAAGCAAGAAAGUUUCCAUCUUCUAAAAUCCUAUUCAGAUACAAGACUCAGAGUAGUCCCUGGAGGAAAGAGGGAAAUGAACAUCUUUCCACCCAAGAAAAUUUGCUCUUUAAAGCAGAGUGAUAGGACAUAAAUCAUGAGUCCAGAACAUAUGGGGGUAGUAGUGAGUGAGAGAGAAGCUAUUUCCACUGGGGAUUUAGUGGAAAUCUCAUUUUCAAAAUGCAAAAUAAAAUGUUAGGCAGCUUCUGGGUGGAAUGGAACAUGGAAGAAAUGAUCAAACUUAGAAUAAAAAAAUCCCUUCUUCAUCUUCCCUUCAGGGGAAUACAGAAGCUUUGAAAGGCCAAGGGCGAGUUAUGGGUAGAAGGCAAAAUACAAUGAGUUCAUGUGGGAAAUUUCUGGUUAGACAAGGUCUGUGGUUCCAAAGGCAAAGAUUGCACACUGGGGAAGAUAAAUGCCCUUCCUUGUCUUUAUCACUAAUACUCCAAGUGGCAAGCCAGGAUAGACUGCAAGCCAAAGACCCAACAGAUAACAUAGGGGGCUCAUUACUCCCUGAGCAGAGUUCCCACCUGGGCCUGAUUCUUGCAUGUAAUGCUUCUCUAGCUUAAAACAACUAAAGAGCUAUAAUUUCAUUUUGAGUAGUCAAAACAAGUCAAUCUUGCUUUCUUUUGCUAGUUUUACUAUAACCUCCUUUAUAGAUUAUGACUCAAGAAAUCCCAACUCCUAAAGCAGGGGAAAGAGAUUGAAGUAGGGAUGGGGUUGUGGCUCAGUAGUAGAGUGCUUGUCUAGCAUAUGCGAGGCCUGGGUUCCAUCCUCAACACCACAUAAAAAUAAAUAAAUAAUUUAAAAAGAGAGAGACCGAAGCAGAACCAGGCCCACAGCCAGCCCAAAGGGACUAGCAAGACCCUGAUAUAUACAUAUCUCUAUUUCUCUCUUUGAACCUCUCUGGGGACACACAUAUAUACACAUACACACACACACAAACACACACACACACACACACACAGAGCUAUACAGUCACUAAGCUGGCUAAGAAAUAACCAAAACAUUCUGAUUUUUCUAUUUUGUAAAUUAAACCCAUAUUUUAGAAGA